GCUUUAAGAUUCGUUCCCUUGAGCACAAGCUUAGCCUUAUAGGGGAGCAGCAGCGGCUUUGAAUUUGUGCGAGCGGGAAUAUGAUUUACACAAGGAGAAGGACUUGAUUUUUAAUGUUUCUUAACAUAUCAUAUAUUUCCAACUACCAAGUUUCGCUGAAACAAGAUGACAACUCCAGAGAAUGAUAACCUCGAGAAAAUUUCUCUCUGCGAAUGUGAGCAAAGAAAUGCUGAUUCAUCCUUGCAUGCAGAACACUUAAUUCCAAUUGCCUCAAAGAAAGAGGAUGGUUCGAGGUCUUACACAACUUUGAUGAUUAGUCCGACGACUGAUGAUGCUCAAGCUUGUUGGGAUACUCAAAAAAGGGACUAUGGAGCUGAUGUUCUAGAUACCGGUCAAAGAAAUCCAAGCUUAGACAUUGCUGAAAUUGUGGUAGAACAUGGGAAAGAGAGUUCCUCGAAAGAUACCAUUGUUGAGGACUCUAAUGCUAACAUUCCUAUCUUAGGAGAAAAAGGUUACAUUCCUAAGUCAUUAGCACUGGAAGAUUGCGAAGGCAGUGGAAGUGAGAAAACUGAAAAACAUAACCCCAUGCCUGAAGAGGGUCAAAGGAAUUCGGAGAAUGCUGUUAGUAAAUCAUCAUUUUUACCCAGUGGUACUAAUACUGACAUCUGGAAACCACCUGAACCAUAUGUCCUGGAGCAUGACAUGGACAGUGUUGCGUUUAAUGAUGAUGAUGAUGAUUAUUGUGGUGGUACAACUUGGGGCCAGUCAAGUUCAUUGAGUAGCUUUGAUGAAAACUCUCAGAACCAUCAUAGUCACAAGGAAGAGUGGAACAAGGCAAUGACAGAAGCUAGGAAUGGGCAGUUCAAGACUCAUGUUAUCCAACUUCUGGGCUUAGAGGGUUUGGGUGUAUCCAAUGGAGAUGGCGGUGAGAAUUGGCUUGACAUUGUGAUCGCUUUGUCUUGGGAAGCUGCAUUGCUUGUUAAGCCUGAUGCUAAUGAAGGAAGAGCUAUGGACCCUCGGUCAUAUGUCAAGGUGAAGUGCAUUGCAUCUGGUACUGGUAGCCAAAGUCAAGUGAUCAAGGCUUUAGUUUUCAAGAAAAACACUGCACAUAAGCACAUGCCUACGAAGUUGAGGAAUCCUCGACUGUUACUCCUUAAAGGAUCUCUUGGGGAUUCUGCAGUUGGGUUAUCAUCACUUAAAUCUAUGGACCAGGAAGAAGAAUAUAAACAGGCCUUUGCUGAGAUGAUAAAUUACUGUAAUCCUAAUGUGGUUUUGGUGGAGAAAACAGUUUCACGUGGCAUUCAAGAAUUUCUUAAUGAGAAAGGAAUUGCUUUGGCCUUUGAUAUGAAACUCCGACGUUUAGAAAGAAUUGCUCGCUGUACUGGUUCACAGAUAAUUUCUUCUGCAGACAUCCUGUUCAGGCCCAAGCUGAAGCAAUGUGAUUCUUUCCAUGUUGAGAAGUUUGUAGAGGAAUAUGACUUUACUGGAGAAGGUGGAAAGAAGCCGACCAAAACUUUAAUGUUUCUAGAGGGUUUUCCAAGACCGCUUGGUUGUACAAUAUUGCUCAAAGGUGCUCACAGAGAGAAACUGAAAAAGGUCAAAAGCGUACUGCGAUAUGCAGUAAUUUCAGCAUAUCACUUAAUCCUUGAAACUGCAUUCUUUGUGGAUCAGAAGACAUUUUUCUAUGACACGAAAGCUGUGAAAGAACUAAAUGAUACCUCGAUAAGUGAAUCAGGAGUUUCUUUAAAUGGUACUAUCUCCAUUGCCCAUGAUCUUAGUGGUGCUACAGCUGGCAGUUCUCCACUUAAUAUUACAUCGGAUCUUCCAAUUUCUAAUGUUCCAAUUUCUGAUGGGAAGCUGCUGUCUCCUGUUUCCGCUUCUCUCUGGAGAUUCAAUAUCCCACCUAUUAUUGACUCCAUUUCUUCACACGUAGAGGUCAAUGAAACAUUUGAUCCUAGGACGAAAGAAAAUGCCAGAACCGAGCAAGAGGAAACAGGUAAUCGGUUGAGCAAUGGUGAAAAGGCUGGGGUAGAGUUGAUUCAUAAUAUAAAUAUAGAAAGAACCAGUGAUACAACUACUACUGAGGUGAAAAUUGAAGGAAAAGAUGACAUUGAGAGUUCAUUAGACUCAAAAAGCAUAUUGGUAUUGCGGUCUAAGUAUUGUAUUCCCAAGCAGGAAGAUUGUGAGCAAGGUCACGUUUCUCGUAUAUAUUAUUAUGGAAAAGAUGACAUGUCUCUUGGACAUUUUUUGGAAGAUAUUUUACUUUGCCAGGAGCAUAGUUGCUCUUCUUGUGGCCAACCACCAGAAGAUCAUAUAUACCGUUAUACACACAAGAAUGGUACUCUCAGUGUUCUUAUAAGGCGCCUUUCUAGGGAAUUUUUUUUAUCAGGUGAAGAUGAAGGAAAAAUUUGGAUGUGGACCCAAUGUUUAAAAUGUGAGCACAAGAGUGGGACUCGGAAAACACGGAGGGUUGUGAUGUCUUCUGCAGCUCGUCGUUUCUCAUUCGGUAAGUUCUUAGAGCUCAGUUUAGCUAGUCAUUCUGCAGCUAGCAGGACAUCUAGAUGUGGGCAUUUACUACAUAGAGACUGUCUUCGUUUUUUUGGGUUGGGCACUAAGGUUGCAAUGUUUAGGUAUACCUCAGUUGAAAUAUACACCGCGUGUAAGCCACCACCAAUGCUGGAAUUCUGUAAUCCAAGCGAACAAGAGUGGUUUCUAAGAGAAGCAAAAGAUGUUCUUUCAAAAGGAGAUAUUUUCUUCACCGAGAUUGCACAAAUAUUAAAGAAGUUAAAGCCUAAAUGUUCUAGUACUUCCUUUAAGCAACACAUGGAGCUUUCAAGUUCAGCAGUUGAAUUUGAUGAAGUUGAAAAGAUGUUGAUGCAGGAAAAAACUGAAUUUGAGGACUCUUUGAAGAAUGGCCACAAGAUUCUCAAUUUGAAUUGGCUAAUUCAGGAGCUUCUACUUAUGCUUUAUAUUUGGGACCGUCGUUUACAUUCUGUUUCACUACAUGCAAGAGACGUAGAGACUUCCAAUGAUGCAGCCGAUGAAAUACUCCACGAGGUGCAAUCCUAUACUGCAGAAAGUUCUCCUUUCUCGAGUUUUACAACUGGUGUGGAAGAAAGCAUUUCUGUAGGCUUGGAUCGCAUGCAUGAAGACAACUCUGUCUCAGUUUCAAUUGAACCCCUGGAACCUGUUGAAAAAGUAAAGAAUUUGGAGGAACCUGAAGUUGACAAAAUGGCUGCUGAAGAUUCCCAGAUGUCUGAUGAAUUCAAAAUGGACGAUCCUAAAUGGAUCUGGUCUCCUUUUUCUAAACUGAGAAAGGAAUUAAGGCAGGAUCUUCAUGAUGGUUUAUUAAUAAAGUUUGAAUUUAUUAAUACAUAUUCUCCAACUUACCUUUCAAUGAUUCCUCAACUGGCUACUCAAGUAAUGGAUUCACUUCAUUUCUCAAUUGGUCCUGGUGGCAAUGUGAUAUCUGUAAUUGAAGAUGAAAUAUCGAGUAUAAUUUCUUGUGCCCUGGCUUUGUCUGAAGCUAGUCCUGCCUCUUCUGAAAAAGUAAUCGGAGCCAAAGAGAGGGAGGGCAAAGGUGAUACUGGCAAUGAAGUUAUUGACACUCUUAGAGUGACUGACAUCAGUGAGACAUGUACAGAAUCUUUUGAGACUGAAAGAAUAAAGUCAUCAAAGAGUUUCUCAUCACUUUCACCGAGUGAGCUAGCUACUUUUGGUUCUGAUGGUUCAUUAUUUGAUGAUAGGUUGAUACCUAUGGAAAAUCUGCAUCCUGAAACCACUGUUGGGUCUUACAAAUUUGCUGGAAAGAGUAAAUACUCAGUGGUUUGUAUAUACGCAAAGCUUUUCUAUUCUCUUCGAAAGAAGUGUUGUUCAUCAGAAAUGGCCUAUAUAGCCUCCCUAAGCCACUGUAAGAAGUGGGAUGCUCAAGGAGGAAAGAGCAAAGCAGUAUUUGAGAAGACAAUGGACGAUAGAUUGAUAAUAAAACAAAUAAAGAAGCCUGAAUUUGAGUCGUUCUUAAAGUUUGGGCCAUAUUAUUUUAAACAUGUUUAUGAGUCCUUAAACUCAGGAAGCCAGACAUGCCUUGCAAAAAUCUUGGGGCUUUAUCAGGUUAGGCAAUACAAAAGCGGAAAAGAAGUUAAGACUGAUAUCGUGGUGAUGGAAAAUCUUUUCUUUGGACGAAAGGUUUCUCGCAAGUAUGAUCUAAAAGGUUCUGUUUACUCCAGAUACAUCUCAAAUUCAAAUAAUUCCGAAAGUGUUUUCUUAGAUCAGAAUUUUGUCGAGGACAUGCGUGUAUCUCCUAUAUAUAUUGGAGGGAAAGAUAAACAUGUUCUCGAUCGAGCAAUUUGGAAUGAUACGUUUUUCCUUACUUCUAUAGAUGUAAUGGAUUACUCCUUACUUGUGGGAGUGGACAGGAAGAAGAAAGAGAUUGUAUUUGGUAUUAUAGAUUAUCUGAGGCAGUAUACCUGGGACAAACAUUUUGAGACCUGGGUAAAGUCUAAUCUUGUUGUUCCUAAGAAUGAAUUACCAACUGUAAUUUCGCCAAAAGAGUAUAAGAGGAGGUUCAGGAAAUUUAUGAGCAAAUACUUCUUGACACUUGAUACCUGUAACUCACAGCAGAUUUGAAGAUCCUGCAGAAAAAAUUUUAACGAUGAGAGCAAAAAUUCAUCCAGUCUACAUAAAGCCGUCAGAGAAGUAAAACUAAGAUGUUCCUCUUCUCUCAUCAUCUGCCUUCAUAUAUGUUGUAUAUACAUUUGUAACAUUUGAUCUUCCCUGCAUUUGCGACUUUUUAGCAAAUAUUUUGGGAAAUUGUCCCUGUUGUUCUUUCAAGCUAAUUUUGUUUCACAUCAAUAUGUAAUACAAUGGUCCCAGAAUUGUAAAGUUGAUCUGUUACAUGUA